AAGCUUCCACGUCACAGGGAAGUGGAGAACGGGCAGCUCCAGAAGAAGGAUCAUCUCCCGAGCAAUUCAAUUCAUCCUCAAAUGUGCCACACCGAGACGGGAUAUUGAAGUCUAUUUAGUAAGAUCAUAGAAGUGUGCUACGGAAUCAUCUGCACGGUCUAUAACUGGGGUUCUACAAGGAGAGAGACAAUCCUACCGGCACAAUGACAGCCGCUGAGAACGUUUGUUAUACCUUGAUCAAUGUUCCAAAUGACUCUGAACCCCCCUCAGAAGUCAGUUUGAAAGCAGAUCUAGAAAAGGGUGAGAUCAAGGCGAAGACGGAGGCCCUGAAGAAGGUGAUCAUAAUGAUCCUGAAUGGAGAGAAACUGCCCGGCCUGUUGAUGACCAUCAUCCGCUUCGUGCUUCCACUUCAAGACCACACCAUCAAGAAGCUGCUGCUUGUCUUCUGGGAGAUCGUUCCCAAGACCACUCCAGAUGGCAAGCUGCUGCAGGAGAUGAUCCUGGUCUGUGAUGCCUAUAGGAAGGACCUCCAGCACCCCAACGAGUUCAUCCGUGGGUCCACCCUGCGCUUCCUGUGCAAGCUAAAGGAGUCAGAGCUGCUGGAGCCCCUCAUGCCUGCCAUCCGGGCCUGCCUGGAGCAUCGGCAUAGCUACGUCCGCCGCAACGCUGUCCUGGCCAUCUACACCAUCUACAGGAACUUUGAGAAUCUCAUCCCGGAUGCCCCAGAGUUGAUCCACGAUUUCCUCGUCAACGAGAAGGACGCUAGCUGCAAGAGAAACGCUUUCAUGAUGCUCAUUCAUGCAGACCAGGACCGCGCUCUGGACUACCUCAGCACCUGCAUUGAUCAAGUACAUACGUUUGGAGACAUUCUCCAGUUGGUCAUCGUGGAGCUGAUCUACAAGGUUUGCCAUGCCAACCCCUCCGAGCGUGCCCGCUUCAUCCGCUGCAUCUACAACCUGCUGCAGUCGUCCAGCCCAGCCGUCAAGUACGAAGCCGCAGGCACCCUCGUCACGCUCUCCAGCGCCCCCACGGCCGUCAAGGCUGCCGCCCAGUGCUACAUCGACCUGAUCAUCAAGGAGAGUGACAACAAUGUCAAGCUGAUCGUCCUGGACCGCCUGAUCGAGCUGAAGGAGCACCCCACCCACGAGCGCGUCCUCCAGGACCUGGUGAUGGACAUCCUGCGUGUCCUGAGCACCCCAGACCUGGAGGUCAGGAAGAAGACCCUGCAGCUGGCCCUGGACCUGGUCUCAUCCCGCAACGUCGAGGAGCUGGUCAUCGUGCUGAAGAAGGAGGUGAUCAAGACCAACAACGUGACGGAGCACGAGGACACGGAUAAGUACCGGCAGCUCCUGGUGCGCACCCUGCACUCCUGCAGCGUGCGCUUCCCCGACAUGGCCGCCAACGUCAUCCCUGUGCUGAUGGAGUUCCUGAGUGACACGAACGAGGCGGCGGCGGCCGACGUGUUGGAGUUUGUGCGCGAGGCCAUCCAGAGGUUCGAGAGCCUCAGGCCUCUGAUCAUAGAGAAGAUGCUGGAAGUGUUCCACGCCAUCCGGACCGUCAAGAUCUACAGAGGAGCGCUGUGGAUUCUGGGGGAAUACUGCAGCACCAAGGACGACAUACAGAACGUGAUGACGGAAGUGCGCCGGUCGCUGGGAGAGAUCCCCAUCGUGGAGAACGAGAUCAAGAAGGAGUCGGGGGACUCGAAGCCGGAGGAGGAGCACAGCGCGGCACCGGCCCAGAAGCUGGUGACGGAGAUGGGGACGUACGUGACCCAGAGCGCCCUCAGCUCCUCCAGACCGUCCAAGAAGGAGGAGGACAGACCUCCUCUCAGGGGCUUCCUGAUGGAAGGGGACUUCUACGUGGCGGCCUCCCUGGCCACCACCCUCACCAAGCUGGCUCUGCGCUACGUGGGCAUCGUCCCCGACAAGAAGAGACAGAACUCGUUUGUAGCCGAGGCCAUGCUCAUCAUGGCCACAGUGCUCCACCUGGGCAAGUCGUCUCUGCCCAAGAAGCCCAUCACGGACGACGACGUGGACCGCAUCUCGCUGUGCCUCAAGGUGCUGUCCGAGUGCUCGCCCCUCAUGAACGACAUCUUCAACAAGGAGUGCCGCAGGUCGCUGUCCCACAUGCUGGCCGUCCGCAUGGAGGAGGAGAAGCUGUCGCAGAAGAAAGAGUCUGAGAAGAGGAAUGUGACGGUGCAAGCGGACGACCCCAUCUCCUUCAUGCAGCUGACGGCCAAGAACGAGACCACCUCCAAGGAGGACCAGUUCCAGCUCAGCCUGCUGGCUGCCAUGGGCAACACCCAGAGGAAGGAGGCGGCCGACCCGCUGGCGUCCAAACUCAACAAGGUGACUCAGCUGACAGGAUUCUCAGACCCAGUGUAUGCGGAGGCCUACGUUCACGUCAACCAGUACGACAUCGUGCUGGACGUCUUAGUGGUCAACCAGACCAGCGACACCCUCCAGAACUGUACCCUGGAGCUGGCCACACUGGGCGACCUGAAGCUGGUGGAGAAGCCGUCCCCUCUCACCCUGGCGCCUCACGACUUCGCCAACAUCAAAGCCAACGUGAAAGUGGCGUCCACGGAGAACGGGAUCAUAUUUGGCAACAUCGUGUAUGACGUUUCGGGGGCCGCGAGCGACAGGAACUGCGUGGUCCUCAGUGACAUCCACAUUGACAUCAUGGACUACAUCCAGCCUGCCUCAUGCACAGACGCCGAGUUCCGACAGAUGUGGGCCGAGUUUGAGUGGGAGAACAAGGUGACGGUGAACACCAACAUUACCGAUCUGAACGAUUAUCUCCACCACAUCCUGGGCUCCACCAACAUGAAGUGCCUGACUCCUGAGAAGGCACUCUCCGGCUUCUGUGGCUUCAUGGCGGCCAACCUGUACGCCCGCUCCAUCUUCGGGGAGGACGCCCUGGCCAACGUGAGCAUAGAGAAGCCCAUCCACCUGGGCCCCGACGCUCCGGUCAACGGCCACAUCCGCAUCCGGGCCAAGAGCCAGGGCAUGGCUUUGAGUCUGGGUGACAAAAUCAACCUUUCCCAGAAGAAGUCUGCAGUGUAAAGCUACUUCAACGGUCGCGCUGUAACCUCUCCCUACCCUGGCAAGACGACCCCUGCAAAUAAAGUCUCCUAUCGCUUCCCUCUCCAAUUCUGUUUUAUUGCUUGUGUCUGCCUCCCCUGAUCACAGUAUACAAAGCGCUUUCUGGCCAGUUGCGUCAAUACUGUUUUAAAGUCUGUAUGAGACAAUGUUUUUCACCAUCUGUUAGAAAACAGGCUCCUUCUAAGCGUCAUUGCAAGUGAUGUCAUUGGCCUAUCUAUAGUUUUCAAUAAACCAUGUAUGUUAACGGA